CACUCCGAUCUUCAACCCCAGAGAAAAUGUACAUUUCGAUUUCUGCGAAAUACCAAACACUCCAAAUUAGAUCCUCACAAACAUGGCAGAUACUACAACCGUCCGAUCUUACGGCACAGUCUUAGUUGUUGGAGGCUGUGGAUUCUUGGGUUCCAGGGUAGUAGAUCAGCUGCUCAACUUUCCCUCAGAGGACCAGUUCCUGCAGCAAAUUCAGGCCUCCCAAAAGUCGGCCAAUGGCACAGCGAACGGCGCAGCCUCACAUAUCUCUAACUCGUCUACGGCAUCCUCGAUCCCUCCGUUUCCCAGUCUACGCUCCCGGUACCCUUGCACCUCAUCAACGCAAGUCCACGCCCUCGAUCUGAGAUGCACGCAGCACAUAUUUCCCGGCUGCACGUACCACGAGGGGGAUAUCACAUCGGUCGACUCCCUGCUCGAGGUGUUUGGAAAGGUCAAACCCGAUAUCGUGAUCAACACGGCCUCUCCUUCGUGGGAGGCGCCCGCGCACAUACUGCAGAAAGUCAAUAUCGAAGGGACGAGAACACUUCUGGAAGUUGCGGGCGGCAAGUAUGGCGACUGGUCCGGCGGCCGGGGAAGGUGUAAGGUCUUUGUGCACACAUCCAGCGCUAGCGUUGUGCACGACGGGGAGACCGACCUGAUCAAUGCCGACGAGCGGUAUCCGCUUGUCUGCCCGAAUCCCAGAGAAUACUACUCGGAGACCAAAGUGCACGCGGAACGACUUGCGCUCGAGGCCAAUGACAAACCCGAGUAUAACCAUAUGCUGACAUGCGCGAUACGACCGGCGGGCAUUGUCGGCGAGGGCGAUCGGGGAGGAUUCUCGGGCGGGAUUUUGAAGACAGCGCAGGGUGCGCCAGGGUGGCAGCUUCAUAUUCAACUCGGGCCGGGGAAUAAUCUGUUCGACAACACGUACGUGCACAAUGUAGUCUACGGGCUUUUGUGCGCUGCGCAGGCGCUGUUGGCAAGCCACGCAAGACGGCGGGAUGGUAAAGCGGCAGAACUUGAUUAUGAACGGGUCGACGGCGAGGCCUUCAACGUGACAAAUGAUAGUCCGGCGUACUUUUGGGAUGCGACCCGGUUCUUGUACACUGGCUACGGACGGGAUGUCCGUAUGGAGAAGGUCUGGAGUGUGCCGACGGAGCUGGCUAGCUUCGUGGGCGGCGCAGCGGAGCUUUUCAACUGGUUGAGUGGAAGAAAGGGGAAGUUGAAUCGGCAGACGGUCAAAUAUGCUGUUAUUCAUCGGUAUUAUAGCUGUGAGAAGUUGAAGACACGCACGGGCUAUACGCCUCUUGUGCCAAUCGAUGAAGGAUUGGCCAGAGCCGUGUGGGAAUUCAGGGAGGGCGAACGGGCCGACAGGGAGAAGAAAGGGCAGUGAGAAGACCGAAGCAAUCGUCGGCUUCAGGGCUGAGCAAUGUAAGACGGAAAGGGCAUAUUCUUCUUCACAGCUACUUGAGCGAUGCACGUUUUGAGAGCACGAUGCUGGACGAGCGAGAGCAAAGCUGGGAGCAGGUCGAGGAGCAGUAGGGCUCGAAACCAGCUUGAAGCGAACACAAUGAGUAUUCAAGUGAGCGACAACAGGUCAGCAACAAUCUCAUGGCAGCUGAUCACAUGGAUGCUUGAAUGGCAGUGGAGAGCCUGAUGCGCUGCACAGGCGGAUGUUUCGGACUUGCUCAAGCACAUCAAUCGAGUGUAUGGCAUCACGAAUAGAAGAAGCUGUACUCCGUAUGGAGGCCUGGGUCACAAGCCAGAUUGCUACAGCAUUGAAGAUAUCAAUCUUCAACCGUGCACUGUGUACGUCAAGCAUGCUGGCACGUGCCGAAAUACUCAUUCGAUAUUAUGGGCGGACAAAGGUCUACGCAAUGGAUCAUCGAGCUCGCUUGCUGGAAAAUGGCGUUACGAGGUAUCCUGCAAUGCCAUCUGACUUAGACCUCAUUAUUUACCGGGCAAUCCUAGUCAAGAAAAAGGAGAGUAGCUGCUCAGAGAUGCAAAUGCAAGUUCAAUAUUAC